GUGACGUCAGCUAUUUGCUGAAAUAUUGGAUUAUGGUACUGUUGAAACGGUCUGCAGGGAGCUGAGCCAAGGGAAGGAAGAAUGCGGGUCUAUCUAAUGGUGUUCUGCCUUAUUUCCUACUCCGUGGAUGGGCAAAUAGAAUACUCCAUCUCCGAAGAAACGGAACGUGGUGUAUCUGUUGGGAAUAUAGCAAAGGAUUUAGGAAUAGAUGCAGCUACACUUUCAUCCAGGAAAUUUCGCAUGAUCACCAGUUCAAGUAAGCAAUAUUUUAAUAUAGAUGUAAGCACGGGGGCUUUGUCCGUUAAUGAGCCCAUAGACAGAGAGCAGGUUUGUGAAUUAAAAACGACCUGUUUUCUGAAUUACGAACUUGUUCUAGAAAACCCUCUAGAGCUGUAUAAAAUGGAAUUUAAAGUGUUGGACAUAAAUGACAACUCCCCCAACUUCCCUUUAAAUGAAUAUCGCUUAAAUGUGGCCGAGUUUUUAUCACCCGGGGCUCGAUUUACACUCCCUAAUGCCCAAGAUCUUGAUGAAGGCACCAACAGUGUCCAGAUCUAUACUCUGAGUCCUAAUGAACAUUUCCGUCUGGAAAUGCAAACACGCGGGGACGGGAGUAAGUAUCCUGAACUGGUACUGGAAAAAACCUUAGACAGGGAACAACAAGCCAUCCACAAACUCGUAAUUAUAGCCAAAGAUGGUGGGACUCCCGAGAGGUCCGGUGAUGCAGAAGUCAUUGUGACAGUUCUCGAUACCAAUGACAACGCUCCAGCGUUUGAACAGUCAGUCUACAGGGCAAGUAUCUUGGAGAACUCCCUCAGCGGCACGUUGGUAACCAAAGUGCAUGCCACUGACUUAGAUGAAGGUCAAAAUGGAGAAAUCAGGUACUCAUUUAGCAAUAGCACUUCUGCUGAUCUACAGAGAAUGUUUCUAAUCGAUCCCCAAACUGGGGAGAUAAAAGUGAAUGGCAUUUUAGAUGUUCGGAGACCCCUUCUAGAGAUGUUCAUUGAGGCCAGGGAUAAAGGAGCGUUCGGAAUGUCCAGCACAGCUAAGUUGCUGGUGGAAAUCACUGAUGUGAACAACAAUGCCCCCGAGAUAACAAUCACGUCUCUUUCCAGUCCCAUCCCUGAGGAUGCUUUGUCCGGAACUGUGAUAGCUCUUUUGAGUGUUAUGGAUAAAGACCCUGGAGAGAACGGGAAGGUAACCUGUGAGAUCCCUGCUAACAUUCCCUUUCACCUAAAAUCAUCUUUCGACAAUUACUAUAGUUUGGUCACGGAUGGGUCUCUGGAUCGAGAACGGGUCAGUGAGUAUAACAUCACUGUCACUGCUAUGGACCUUGGGUCCCCUCCCCUGGCCACUCGGAGGACACUGUGGGUGCAGAUCUCGGACGUGAACGACAACCCUCCCAAGUUUGCCAGCUCAGCAUGCGACAUCUCUGUGACAGAAAAUAACCUUCCUGGGGCGUCCCUGUACCAGGUAUCAGCGUCUGAUCCCGAUGUGGGGCAAAACGGCCGGAUUUCUUAUACACUCAGGGACAUGGGUUUUGAAGGCGGCGCUUUGUCCAGCUUUUUUGCGGUUAAUUCGGAGAACGGAAACAUCUAUGCAAAAAGCACUUUUGACUUUGAACAGCUCAGGAGUUUUCAUUUCCAGGUGGAAGCCAAAGAUCACGGAUCUCCAGCACUGAGUACGGCCUUAACUGUGAAUGUUCUCAUCGCUGAUCAAAACGAUAACAUCCCCGUCAUUCUGUAUCCUGCGGCCAGGAACGGGUCAGUCGCUGUGGAAAUAGUCCCCAGGUUAGCCGAUGCCGAUUACCUGGUGACUAAAGUGGUGGCGGACGACGCGGACAGCGGGCAUAACGCCUGGCUGUCCUACCACCUCUUGCAGCCCUCGAACUCCGGCUUGUUUCGGAUUUUGGCCAACACGGGAGAACUCCGCACGGCCCGGUCCAUGAGGUCCACGGACUCCAUCAAGCACAAAGUGGUCAUCCUGGUGAAGGACCAUGGCGAACCAUCGCUCUCCUCCACCAUAGCUUUGGGCAUCCUGCUCGCGGACUCUCUACCCCAAGCUCUGCCGGACUUCGACGACGGGCUGGAAGCACGAGGACAGCUCACCACUUUAAACCUUUACCUCAUCAUCUCUCUCGCCUGCAUCUCCUUUGUGUUCCUUGGGUUUAUCUUCUUCCUUGUCCUCAUGAGGCUCCUCCAUUGCAGAACUACUCACCACCGCAGCUGCUGUUGCUCAGGGUGCUGCCCCGAGGAUGAGAAAUACGAGAAGUACCGCUACAAUGUGCGCAUGCUUCCGAGCUCUCACUUCCCUUCAGAGGUGGUGGAGGUCUCAGGGGUGGGCAAGCUUACCCACACCUACUUGUACAGGGCGUCUGUGGGCAUUGGGCCUAGCAAUAACAAUUUAUUGCUGAAUGGAGACGCCAGAAAUAUCCCCAGUGGUGCAGGAUUACAAGUGCCAGCAUCCUGUAUUCAGAUACAGAAGGUGAAAAGCGAUCACUUUAACGCUAUUUUGUUGUCGGAGCGAUCGCCCCAGCGGCAAUGGCCACCUGCCUCCUGGGUCUGGUGUAGCAGCGACCGCGGGCUUCCAAACGGUGGCGCCGCACUUGCAGUAAAGCGCGACAAAGGAGCUUUCGUUCAGGCGCCCCGCCGCCGCUUUUAA